AUGCAUUUCUCCUUGCACAAGUACACAAGUCAACAACAAUGGGCUAUAGACGUCUGCACUACACCCAAUGAUACUACUAUGCGUUGCGCCUUUUUCGCCUUGUCUUUAUCGGCUCUGGGGAGGGAGAAGAAGUGGAAAGACGGUGGGCGGGAUGGGCACUGGAGACCGCAAGAUGAUAAAAAGGAAGGGUAUCCGCCGCGUCGCCGUAUCUUAUCCCUCUGUAAAAAUCUCGGGGCAAAAGAGCUCAAUCACCACCAGCGCCAUGGUGGUAUAGAGGGUACGAAUCACCCAACCCAAUCCCCCCAACACCCCCCCUCGGACCCACUCUACCAUCCGGCCAGCUGGGGGAACCUGGCUCUUCCUAAGUUCCACUACCCUACUGCCAUUGGUCCUUGGUGGCCUGGGGUCUUCCUGGGUGCCUAA